AUGUCACACAAGGGCAGCACAUCGGAACCGCACGUCGAGGAUCGGCAGGACAAUCGCAGCCAACGAUCCCAGGCAGCUGAAGUAUCUCUGCAGGCUCGACAGAGACGGAAAAUUGCGCAACUGGAGGGGAAACUUGUGACUCUCGAAUCAGGACGCCGAUCAAAGAAAAGCAGACGAACUACUAUGUGUCGCAAGGAAGAGCGAUCAGGCGUAUUGUUACUCUAUUUGAUACCAUCGAGGACCUUAUCACCGAAAAUGACCGAAGCUUUGUCGUGGCUCCCUACGAAGGCUACAGAAAUGGACUAUGACGACUACUCACACAUGUUGAAACUGCUUCGGCAGGGGGCUGACAGUGCUCGAGGUGACGAUACCUCAAAGCUCAAGGCUCUUGUCGCUGAAUGGGUUAACCGUGAAUUCAAGCCCGAUCCCCCGGUUGACGCUGACGAUAAACAUUCUCGUGGGUUCACCAACGAUGCAUGCGGCAAGCUACUCUGCCCAGCUGAGCUUGAUUGGAGCAAUCCCGUCGUCAGGGCAGGGAUUCGAGAUCGCUCAGAUGGCCAUAUUGUGACUGAUCUCUCCUUUCCGGCUUUCCUGUAUGAUAAGUACACCGCCAAUCCGAAUGACCUAGAGGAAGGUCUUUUCAAAAGCAGAGUUCUUCUUCAGGCGUACAAAGCUGUAUUCACAUCACCCUCCUCAGCAAAGGAUAUCGAAGGGGAUGGCGAUGGCAUAGAUGUCAUCCAGAACAACAGACGCGCUAAUAAGUCUGCCUUCGGAGUCAAAGUCAAGAAACACGUCGCGCAAAUCAUCAAAAUGAAAAAAGUCACUCCUCGCUCGAUCGCAUACAUCGUAUGCCAAUCUGUUACCUCGUGGCGGUCUGUUGACGGCGACUUCGACUAUGAACAAUUCUGGCGGACCAUCGUAGACUUCUUCGAAAGGGCCCCUGGUCGAGCAGCACAGCGUAGGGUUGACGUACUCCUCGAAUGGUGGACUAGAAAGGUUUUCGGACGGAACAAUCGCAAUGACCUCACCAGCACGGCAAAGGCCAACAUGUCCGUCAACGCUCUUGCAAGGCAGAGGGCACAGCGCGAUGACGCUGCUUUUGAUUCGUCCUAA